AUGAUAGAUUCAGACACAAUCACUCUUGAUUAAAUUUAUGGGUGUCAUUUCAAAAAAGUACCAUUGCUUUAUGGGGAAAUGGAAGGAACUAAUCCAUUUCCAAUAAAUGAGGCUGAUGAAGAUUUAGAUUCUGAUAAAUAACCUGAAUAGACAAAGCAAAUUUCACCAACUUAAUAAAAAGCAUAAUUAAAACCAUUAAUAAAAACAAGGAGGAGAUAAUAAACUGUUCAUAAAUCACCUAUGAAUAUGAGUUAAUUUGAGAGGCAUAUUGGAUUUCGAAAUUCUUUUUAUAAGAAUAAUAAUAAAAUCAAUUUAGCAUCUAGGUAAAGGGCCGAGGAAGUAAAAAAUUAAGAAAUUGGAAUGUUUACUAAAUAUGUUUAAAGGUUUUAGCUUCAAAAAUUAUAAAUUUGGAAUUGA